AUGCCGCUUCUCCAAUUACCGCCCGAGAUUCUCCUUCACAUCCUCCGCUACCUCGGCUCUCAAUUUUUCGCUCAUGAUACGCGACGCUUAACGAUUUCCCGGGGCUGGUACCACUUAGCAUGGACAGUCUUUCUUCGAGACGUGCGCCUCACGCCUGAAUCACUGGAGACAUUUACUCAAAACGACUUAAUCCUCCAACGAAGUUCCCCGCACAUGGUUAGCGUAGACAUCAGUCUGCCUUUGCGUCCUAAACGGGACCUUUCCCCGUCGCCGCCAGCGGAUGACGACGAAAUUGACGGCCCUUUUCUCCACCUGGAUUCCUCCUUGGCCAAAUUCGCUACCAUUCUACCGGGAUGUUCAGGCAUUCGAUCGCUCAACAUUCACACUCACGUCUAUAUCUCUCCCGAACACUUUGGAAACGUGGCAUCCCUGAACGCCCUACGCGUGACUAACCUUCUUUCUCCGCCACAUCUCACAUCCCUGGAUCUUGAUACCGCUGCCUGCCGCCUGGAAUCACAACCCGACAGCAACGUUCACGUUUGCAACGUCAUAAGUGCCUUACUUCCUUCUUUGCGGCGUCUACGCUGCAGAAUGGAACACAUCUGUGAAGAGAUCUUGCAACUUCCAUCGGCCGGCUCAGCUACCCUCGAGGAAGUUAUUAUUAACAUGAGCAUAUUCCGAUACCACGACGACGACAUCAUCGCGUCUCGAUUUUCAAAAUCGUGCGGCGCUGCUGUGAGAGCCGUUACGAGCCUAAGAAUUGCCCUAGAAACCCAGGCAGUAACGUUAGCCGCUCGGAUCCCGAAUCCUCGAAUGGUGAGAAUUAUCUCACAUAAGGGGCCCUUCCUUGAGGUCUAUGCCUUUGACGCAAUUACGAAGACACGGCUUCAAUUGGAAAAUAAUCUGGAGUGGGAUGCAGACGGGGAACUGCUAGACGAGGGCAAUGAGACCGAGGACAGCGAGAGUGACCUGUUUGCGGAUGACUCUCCAAUCGAACCUGUGUUUAACCCCUAUUCUUGA